CCAGCUGCUUUCUCAGCCCGGCUCGCGGGAUCCUUCAUUCAUUCAUAAAGGAAGAGGAAGAAGAGGAGGAAGAGGAGGAAGGAGGAGGAGGAGGAAGGAGAAGAGCGCAGCCGGGGUCUCCAUCUCCUGCCCGGCCGCAGCGGACUGAUCGAUCCGCGGGAUCUGUUUUUUUCCCAGACUUCGUCUCGGAAUAUUUUAUCUGCCUCUUCCCAUCGUCGGUCGCUGUGAAAUUGGACAAAAAUGAAAAGGCAUCCGGAUUUCUGCUGGGCGGUCAGUCUCCUAACCGCCCUGUGUUGCCACCCAGCGUGGGCUGAAGCCUGUGGGGACCAGGAGUAUCGGGGUGGGGACGGUCGCUGUGUCCUCUGCGAAGCCUGUCCAGCCGGAGAAGAGCCCGACAGGAAAUGCGGUUACGGUUCAGGAUUAGGAAUGGGAUGCAAACCCUGUAUAGCUGGUUUCUUCUCUUCCACCUCCGGCCUGGAAUUCUGCUCCUUGCACGCUUCUUGUGAGGCCAAGAAGAGGCUCCAUAUCCAUGUUGGAACAGCGACUGCAGAUACUUUGUGUGGCGCCUGUUUACCUGGGUACUACAGUCCAGACGGGGAGACGGACCCGAGCAGUAGCUGCCUCCCUUGCCUGUCUGCCCCCAGAGGGGCCCCCGGAUGCCAAGAAGGUUCCAGAAAACGGCCAUCUCGCCUGACCCGAAACGCCGAAGCGCACCCGAGACAUGGCGAGAAGUCUGUGCUGAACGGCACCCGGGAUGGCAAGUCGGACGAGAGUGCCACGCAGUAUGCGGUGCUGGCCAUCGUCCCCGUCUUCUGCAUUAUGGGCUUGCUUGGCAUCCUUUUCUGCAACCUGCUGAUGAAAAAGGGGUACCACUGCACGGCCCAGAAGGAGACCGACGAGGAGGCCACCAAAUUGGACAGAACCGGGAACAGUUCGGGCCAUAAGAUCGAAGACGUCAACGAGGAUACCAUCGGGGUCCUGGUGCGGCUGAUCACGGAGAAAAAAGAAAACGCAGCUGUCCUGGAGGAGAUGCUGAAGGAAUACCACAGCAAGCAGCUCUCACAGCCGAUUUACAAGCCCGUGAACAAGUAGGUCACCCACUUUCCUUCUAUCGGGGGCACCAACCUCCUUUUUUUCUAGCCUUUCAGCCCUGAGAGAGAGAGAGAGA